UAGCACAUAUGAUAAAAACUGAUAAUGUUAUCACUAAAUUAAAAGAAUGAAGAUUUUUGUGUUCUUUAUUAAAAUUGAAUAUUUAUUUCAAAUGUUGAGUUUAUAAAAAAAUUAUUUAAUAAUAAUGUACAUACAUACAAAUUAUUUUCUUACUCUAAUCGUUGUUAUUUAGUCACAAAAUUCUAGUUAAAUCGCAAGUUAACAAAUAAUUGUAUGUAAAAUAAAUGUUGGUUUUAAACUAUCCAAAGGUUUUCAAUUUUAAGUAUUUACCUACCUAAUUUAUUUCUUGUUUGUGUACCUCAUAAUUUCAGACCAAUAUGGACAAUGAAUGCUUAGUUCUUCAAGAAGAGGAGAGAGAAGCUCUGCUUUCAAUAUAUGACGGUGAUGAAGCUUUUAAGCAAUUAUCACCUACUAUUUAUCAAUAUAAAGUAAAUAACUUUUUUUUUUUUUUAUAUAUAAUAUGAAAUUUAAAAACCAAAAUGUUGAUAAUUAAUGAAUUAUUAAGCUAACAGUUAUAUUUUCUUAAUUGGAAAUUCUGUUCAUAAUUUAAGAAUUUUGAGUGUAAACAUUAAAAAAAAAAAAGAAAAAAGUUAAUUGAUUAAAACUUUAAAACAUAGUACACUUUUGUUGUUAAUUUAGGAGUAAGCUACAUCCUUUAUAGUUAAACUAAGAACUUGUUUAAAGCAUUUAAAUCUGUAAUUAAGUUAUGACAUUCAAUUAAAAAUGUAGUAAUAUUUUUUAGAAAAAAUUGCAAAUUGCAUAAAUUUGUAUUAUACAUUAAACAUUUUAUUUAUGCUUAAAGUCUGAUAAAAGACAUUUAAGUUUAUACUUUACAAUAAAUAAUGGAAUUUUUUUAAAACUUUUUGUAGAAAAUAUAAAAUUGUCAUGUAAUAUCAAAUUAAAAAAAAAAAAAAAUUAAAUUACUGAUAUUUUAUUUUGUGUGUUUUUUAACAGUAUGGAGAAGAUGGUGAUCAUAAAUCGUUUUUGUUAGAGGUUGAAUGGCACAACAAAUAUCCAAAUGAAGCGCCUAUAAUUAAUUUAGACAUGUUCUAUAAUAAGCAUAUGUUUGUAUAAAUUAAAUUUUUAUGUUUUUUACAUGAUAUUAUCUAUUUGGUGGCCUCAUUUAGCUUAAUCAUCAAACUUAAAAUAUUAAUAAUACCUAUAUUUUUAUUUUAUUUUUAAUCUGAAAAAAAUAAAAAAAAGGGGCAUCACCAAAUGGUUUGUUCUUUAGUGAGUUAAACCGUUUACUCUUCCAAACAUCUCAAUUAAUAGAAAGUUGAAGUAAUAUUAAUAAAGAUUUAUUUUUUAAUAUUUAAAAGUAUCAAUUUUAACUGAACUUAUAAUUUCUGUUACAUUAUUCUGAUAUUUUAAGUGAUAUUAUAUAUUUAAUAAUAUAUAUAUAUAUAUAUAUAUAUAUUUGUAUAAAAAUUAUAGAGUCAGUUCAGUUAAACAAAAUAUAAAAGAUCAGAUUUCAAAAGAGGCUGAUCAUUAUUUGGGAGAAUCGAUGACAUUUACUCUUAUUGAAUUUCUCAAAGAUUUUGCUGUAGAUCUAGUUGCUGACCAACCAGAAAAAGAAGUUAUUGAAAACAUAAUUAAGCUUGUAAGUAUUUUUAUCAUUCAUAUUAUACAUUUUAAUUAGUAUUUGAAUUUGUGCUUUUAAGACUAUAGAAAAUGAUGACGAAGCUACAAAAAAAAUAGUCAAAAAAGAAACUAUGAGCAAAGCUCAAAAAAGAAAACAAUGGGAUCGUUUAGAUUCCAAAGGAGAAAAACCACGAGGAUAUGAUUGGAUUGAUGUUGUUAAACAUUUAUCUCAAACAGGAUCAUCCAAGAUAGAAAUAUGAAUGUAAUUAAAUUUAAUAACACUGUGAUAUGUAUCAUUACUAUUUUUUCGUCAAAAAUAUAUUUUCAUUGACAGUAAUAUUAUGUUUUCUUCUUGAAUGUGUCUGGCUAGUUUAUUAAUAAUUUGUUACCACGAAGCUCUCCAUUCAUCAACAACUAGAUGGUGAUUUAUACAGCUCCAAUCUAACAUAAAAUAAAUAAUCAGUGAUAAUAUAUGCAUUCAUAGUAUAAUAUAUAUUAUUAAUUAAAUACCUGACAUUUUAGCAUGCAAGAGAAAUUUAUCAAAAUUUUUAUUAACAAAAUCACAUGAUAGUUUAAUGUACUCUGAAUGUGUGCAACAGAAUUGAGUGUUGUUGGAUGUGUAUUUCAUCUGAAACAAUUUAUAGCUCUAUAUUAAUUAUAAAUGCUAAUAAGUGUUUUUAUUCAAUACUUACAGAUCGAAGAGGAUUAAGUUUUAUCAACGAGGAUUUAUUUUUAGGACUUAUUAAAUGACCUAAUAUGUUUGAGUGAAAGUAUGCUUUCAAAAUAUUUUCAGUGUUAAUACUUUUGUCUAAAACGACACGUAUUAUGUUUUUAUGCGUGUCAACAAUUAAAAUAUAUAAAUAAUCUUUAUAUAAUUCAAUAUGAUCUAUCAUGUCCCAUGUAGAUAUUGCAUUACGGUACAAUAAAUCGUGAACAGAUGCGCCCAAUAGUAUUUUAAAUGAAGAUAACUUUUCAUCU